AUGGAAAAGCACCAGUGUAAGAAGCAGCCGUUGGCACCACACAGGAAUUUUUUUGGAGUACCUCUUCUGAUACCAUGCUGCCUCGCUGGAGAGUUACCAGAGCUUUAUAUUUUAACGUUGCAGAGACCACAAAAAAGUUCCAUAUGCAGAGGAGAUUCACAGCCCGGAAUGGACCUCAGUAACCCUCAGGAACAGCCCGUAGCUGCAGAGGAACAAGAGGAUUUGACAGACUGUAAUCUGAACAAAUCCCAGGAAAUGGAAAGCAUGGAUAAUGUGGAAGAUAUGAAGGAACACAAUCAGUCUAAUGAAGAAGCAGGAGAUGAUGUGAUUAAAGUGAAAGGUGAAUACAGUGAAAGAGAGGAGAGUGCUUUAAAUUCCGAGCCAAUGGAAAACCUGGAAGAAUCCGAACUGCCUUACACAUAUCCCAGAGAAUAUAACGAAUAUGAGAGCAUUAAACUGGAAAGACACUCGGGUUCAUAUGACAACGUCAGGCCAGCUAGUGGAAAGAUGAAUUGUGAUAUCUGUGGAUUAGCCUGCAUUAGCCUCAAUGUCUUGAUGGUUCAUAAGCGUAGCCACACUGGUGAACGGCCAUUCCAGUGUAAUCAGUGCGGAGCUUCCUUUACUCAGAAGGGAAACCUCCUCCGCCACAUUAAACUACACACAGGGGAAAAACCUUUUAAGUGUCACCUGUGCAGUUAUGCCUGCCAAAGGAGGGAUGCGCUUACGGGUCACUUAAGGACACAUUCUGUGGAGAAGCCAUAUAAAUGUGAGUUUUGUGGAAGGAGCUACAAGCAGAGGAGCUCGUUGGAGGAGCACAAGGAGCGCUGCCGGACUUACCUGCAGAACGCUGGCAUGUGUGAGGCUGCCAGCGUGGAGGCAAGGCACAUCAAGGCAGAGAUGGGGACUGAAAGAGCCCUUGUGCUGGACAGGCUAGCGAGCAACGUGGCAAAGAGAAAAAGCUCAAUGCCUCAGAAAUUUAUUGGUGAGAAACGACCCACCUUCGACAUCAAUUACAACUCCAGCUUCCUGUACGAAAAGGAGAGCGAGAUGAUGCACGGGCGCAUGAUGGACCAGGCCAUCAACAACGCCAUCACCUACCUCGGGGCCGAGGCCCUGCGCCCGCUCGUGCAGACCCCGCCGGCGCCCACGGCCGAGAUGGUGCCGGUCAUCAGCAGCCUGUACCCGCUGCCGCUGCCCCGCGCCGACGUCCCCAACGGCACCGCGCCGGAGGCCGAGAAGAGCCACCUCAGGGACAAGAGCCUGUCAUCCGACAGGGGCCUUUCCCCCAACAACAGCGGCCACGACUCCACAGACACUGACAGCAACCACGAGGAGAGGCCCAACCCCACCUUCCACCAGAGCCAGGUGAUCGCGGCUCCGACCCGCAACGGCCUCCAGGCCCUGAAGGAUUUCCCGAGGCCUUACGAGAUCAUCAAGCCUCCCGCCAUCUGCCCACGCGACGCCUUCAAGGUCAUCAACAAGGAAGGGGAGGCCAUCGGGGUGUACCGGUGCGACCACUGCCGCGUGCUCUUCCUGGAUUACGUGAUGUUCACCAUCCACAUGGGCUGCCACGGCUUCCGCGACCCCUUCGAGUGCAACGUCUGCGGCUACCGCAGCCACGACCGCUACGAGUUCUCCUCGCACAUAGCUCGGGGAGAGCACAGAGUGGUGCUCAAGUGA